AGGUUUUAAUGGAUAUUUGAAAAAAUAUUUUAAAUUCAUUUUAGUCUAUGUAAUGUACGUGUACCUAUCGCACUUAUUUCGCAUUGACUUAUUUCGAAAUCGAAAAACUAGUUAACUUUGCCUUGCAUAUACUCGUAUGCAAAGAAAUUCAUUACCGACUUAAAUAAAAUGAAUACGAUUUACGAGAAAUCGAGUGUUGAACUUAAUAAUGACACCAAAACGCAAACAAACGGUAACAUAAUAUCGAGUAUUUCCAGUACGAGUGAAACUAUAACGAGUACCUUUGCUACCAGUUCACUAAACAACAAUGGCAAUACAACAACAAUCAAUGGUAACGGCACCACAAAUGGCAACACUGCCGACAGCUAUGUAAGCGAUCUGAAAGUGAUCAGCCAACUUAAAAAUAUUGAGAAAAUUAACGAGAAACGACGUAUUUUCCUAACUAAUACAAUCAGCGAAUACAGAACAGAUGAAAAAAUAGCAACAAACACUAACACCAGUGGUGAGACUAACGACUCCAAUGGUAAACCAGUAAAUAAUGGCGUUGUGCAAACUAUUAAUGAGCAAACAACUCACUUACGUGAGGAAUAUAUGGAUAGCACAUCUGAUGCAAGCAUAAGUUCACCAAAGUACACAACACCAUUGAAGUCGCCUGUAUCACCACCUCCCAAACCGCCUAUGUUAAGCCGUACACGCAGCAUUGGUAUAGGUGAUACUAAUGGUAAUCGUGCUUCCAUAAAUUCAUUACCGGAAACUCCCACUAAAACUACUACUGCUACAGUUGAUAACACAAAUAAUAGUGUAGUUUCCGAACAAAGUCAAACGAAAGUCACAAGUUCAUCACCGAAAAGUACAGAAGCGGAAAUUGUUAAGACAACCAUUGUCACCGCAGCGCUAGUACCAGAAGUGGUGACAGUAACAACCAUGCAACUUAAAGAAGAUACACCCGUAUUACGCAGAGUAGAACGUCCUGCCUCUGUAUCACCAGCAGCACCAAAAUUAAUUUCGCCAAAUCAUUAUGAACGUUUGAUCGAAGAACUUAAAUGUCCAGGCCAUGGUGGACCUAUGAAGGCACCCAUACUUUUAUGCAAAACAGGGCAUAGCGUAUGUGAUCAGUGUACCAGAUUAUUGGUACUGUGUCCACUUUGUAAGGAACCAUUUACCACAAUGCGAUCUCACACCGUAGAAGCGCUAUGCUCUAAGGCGCACUUCCGUUGUGGGAAUGCAUCAGGAGGUUGUACGGUACGUUUACAGAUUGAUCUACUAGAUUGGCAUGAGAAGCAGUGCAUUUAUAAACCAAUGAAAUGCUUUAUGGGACGUGUUUGGGGUGAUUGUAAAUGGUCUGGACGUGAAGCGCAUUGGAAAGAUCAUUUAGUUGAGGAACAUUCCAACAAACUAUUCAAAAUUGAUAGUGUGGAUUUAAUAUGGAAUAUGGGCGUUAAACAAAAACCACUAACCGGAUAUUAUGUCUUCGAUGUUUUCGGCGAAAUGUUUAACUUUUACGAAAUCUAUGAUAAGGAACGGGUGCUAUACACAAUGACCUGUACAUCGAACAUUAAGGAAAAGAAACAUGUUUAUGCCUAUGAAGUAACAAUAAUACAUGAAGAUAAUGAAGCCUUAGCAAUUACACAAAAGUUUCCAGUACACAGUGAAUAUGACAGUGAUAUACUUGCUGAAGGAACUUGUGUGAGCAUACAAUUAUCCGAGUUAGCUAAAUUCAUAGAUGAAGAAAAGUUACUACAUUAUCGUGUUAGAGUUUUAGAGGUAAAAUCGCCACGUAAACAGAAACCUGCACGCAAUAGCCAGACAAGCACAGUAUUGCAUCCAAUUGAUUUUCAACAAACACAAAUCGAAGGCUCCAAUUUAAAAAAUGUGCCAUCCGAAAUAAUUGUCACACGAAAAAUGGAUGAUAUACCCUAUGCUGAUAAUGCUACUACACCAACAAGUACUGGUACUGCAUUCUCUUCUGAAGAUGAGCUUGAUAGAAUUCGACGUCGUUAUAACAGAAGACUUGAGGGUAAACCAAAUGAAAGUGACUCAGAUAGUGAUCCAGAAUUUGAGGCUUUUAUAGCUAAAAAAUGGGGAACACCACAAUUACACUUUAAUAGAAAAUACUUGAAAAAUCCUUCAAGUGAUAGUUCUUCGGUAGAUGAUACUGCUGUGAUGAGAUUUAAAAAUGGUGAUACUCUUACAAAAAUGGAUAAGAAAUUCGAGACUGCUGAUAAAGUAUCUAUAUCCAGUACGAGUACCAGCUAUACAAAGAAAGUGACAAAUACUUUACGUAAGAGUUUCCGUAGUUUGAAAGCUCCUAUUAUAGAGCUGAAACCGUUUUCGAAAAAAUCACCUGAAAAAAAUGUUAACAAACAGGAAAAGGAAGUGCCAACAUAAAAAAAAAAUUAGAAGUGUAUACUGACAUAUAAGUGUGUUAUGAUUCAUUUUUAAGAGAUCUACCUGUAUGUAUUAUUUCUACCUUAAAAUUUGGAAAAGCAAUAUAUAUAUUAAAAUUUAUACGUGCUGUAAUA